AUGCCUGGAGGUGUACGUACACGAGGUGGUAGAGUAGGACGCAGGGGGAGAGGAGUUUGCACCCGUGGUGGCACGCAGCAACGGCCGCAUGUCUCAGACGACGUUAUUAUUGGCGUGGUUGAAGAGCUGCCAACCGGCAGCCCCCUCGUGGUGCCAGCUGGCACAACACAUAGGGGUAGAGGGGUCCGCACCCGUGGUGGCACGCAGCAACGGCCGCAAGUCUCAGACGACAUUCAUCUAGGUUUGAUUGAGGAGCUGACAGCUGGCAGUCCUCUCGAGAUGCCUCUGCACCCGCCUAAGCGGCGAAGAUAUCUGCCACAUACUGCUGGAGCUAGAACCUCAGGUAUAUGGCAACCAACUGCUACAGACAUGGGAGGUGACGACGCGAGAGGAGACGUCGCGGGAGGCAAUGACACGGGAGGCGAUGACGCUGAUAUUCAGGGGGGAUUUCAGUAUGUUGAGUGUUCGUCACCGUUUACGCCACAUGCGCGGGUGUUGCAUGGUCACCAUCGUCGGCUUCUCGAUAGUGAAAUCGGUGACAUCCUCAAUUACGGGAGCGAAGACGAAGAAGAUUCAGAGGAGCGCGAAGGUGACGACAACAGUGAGCUUACGCUUCCCCGCUCAUUGCGGAUGUUCUUUGAGCCGGAAGAUGACACGCUCGAGGAAGCAAAAGCGGCUGGGCACAUUGAUGUGCUUCAGUUUCAUCCCACCCCUGAACCCUCACAGGUGGACCCUGGAGUGGUGGAAAAAGGCGGUAAAGGACGAAAGAAGAAGCUCAAUGUACCAGCGGUUAAAAUCAUAUCUGCAGAAGAUAUACAAAUACAGGCUGGCACAUCAAGAGAACCUGAGCAUUCUAUUAAAAAUAAGAAAGCAAAAACACCUAAACGAAAACCGAAAAAAAAUAUCAAAGAUUCUUCGAGUGAAACCGAUGACGAAGGUGAAAUUCAGUAUGCUUCAGACUCGACCAUUAAUCUCUCGGAUGAAUUCAUCGCAAUAGAAUCUGCAGCAGCUGCCGUUGAUAUCCCGAAUGCUACGCAGUUCAUUCCCAAGCCAGACGAUUAUGUUUUAGUAGAAUAUGAAGGCGAACAGUGA